AUGUCGCUAAUCAAGCUGGCACCUUCGGGCUGGGAGUACGGCCCCACGCCCAACAUCGAGACCAACGCGCCCAUACUCUCUGCCCAUCCAGAGAUCUCGCCGGACUGGACGGCGUGCAAUAGUUUCCCCACGGAGAUACAUGACGAGCUACGAGCUGCGGGUACUAUUCCUGAUUGGAACAAGGGCAAGGCGGAGCAUGAUAUCCAAUGGGUCGGAAGGCUGUCUUGGUCUUUCCGCGCUCAAAUCAACCUCGACCCGAAGGAUCUGGGGAAGCAUCAGCAAGCCGAGCUCGUUUUUGACAGUAUCGACACCUUUGCUACGGUCUACCUCAACGGCCAAGAAGUCCUCAAAUCCGACAACCACUUUCGAAGCUGGCGGACAUUCAUCGACAUCUCCACGCUCAAGGCCGAGAAUGAGCUCUUGGUGGUCAUCUCGCCUCCUCUCGACGUGGCACUCGCGACGGCAGCAGAGCAUGGCCCUUUCAAAGGCGGAUCGUGCAACCUCGGUGAUCGCGCUCGGAUCGGGAUCAGGAAGGCGCAGUAUCAUGCCCGGUGGGACUGGGGACCCGAGCUCUGGUGCAUGGGCAUUGACCGACCCGUCCACCUCCACCUCUUUACCUCGGGCAUCUCGUCCGUCAAUACCUCGGCGCGGGUCGAUGCCGAGCUCAGGACGUCUCUUGCGGUUCAGGUCGACGUCGAGGGUUCCGGCCAGAUCAACGUCACCGUUACCAGCCCUGACGGUCUAGUACUCAAGGACGAGCGUAUCCAAGGCAAGGCGGAAUGGGACCUCAAAGCGGAGCUAUGGUGGCCGGUCAACGAGGGCAAGCAGACCUUGUACGAGGUCAAAGUGGAGCUGUACUCUUCCGGUACGGUCGUCGAUACGCUCACGCGCAAGAUCGGAUUCAGGCGGGCGGAGCUCGUUCAGACCCCUCUCAAGGGGCAGGAGGGCACCUCGUUCUUUUUUCGGAUAAAUAAUCGGCCAGUCUUUAUCGGCGGCAGCAAUUGGAUCCCGAUCGAUAUGGUACUGUCGACCGGGACGGAGGCCAAGUAUAGGCGUUGGCUUCAGAUCAUGGUGGACGGGGGUCAGAAUAUGAUCAGGGUGUGGGGCGGAGGGGUGUACGAGCCGUCGUUCUUCUACGAGAUGUGCGAUGAGAUGGGGCUGCUCGUGUGGCAGGAUUUCAUGUUCGCCUGCGGUGUCUACCCCGUCUUCCCCGAGUUCUUGGCAUCGGUCGAGGCCGAGGCGAGGGACAAUGUCGCCAGACUGCGGCACCACCCAUCCUUGGUCCUUCUCUGCGGGAACAACGAAGACUACCAACAAAUCAUGCAGUGGGACAUGAAGCAAGGCGGCGACCCUCUCCCGGCGCGGGUCAUCUACGAGAAGAUGCUCCCGGAUAUCAUCAGCGAGCUGGUCGAUCCCAAGAUCCCGUACUGGCCUGGAUCGCCUUAUGGGGGUAAGGGGUGGGAUACGGCGGAUCCGACUGUGGGUGACGUACACCAAUGGGACGUUUGGUCCGGCAAGGAACACGGCUAUCACGACUGGGACCGCCUCGGCGGGCGCUUUGUCUCCGAGUUUGGCCUCCCCGGUCUCCCUGACCGCCGGACCGUCGACUACUGGCUCGACGGCGAUACCACUCAAGCCCAUCCUCAGUCCAAGCUCAUGCAGCAGCACAACAAGGCCGGAAGCUUUGAGCGGCGGUUCGCGGGGCUGAUGAACGAGAACUUUAGGAUGACUGGGGAUCUCACCGAGUACCUCUUCCGGAACCAGCUCAUGCAGGCUGAAGGGGUAGGUGGGGCGUACCGCACUUGGCGCCGAGAGUGGAAAGGCGAGGAGAAGGAAUACUGCGGCGGUGUUCUCGUUUGGCAGAUCAACGACUGCUGGCCCGUCACCAGCUGGGCUCUGGUCGACUCUUUUUACCGGCCCAAACCCGCCUACUUUGCCGUCACUGCUGCUCUCGCGCCCGUCAGUCUUGGCGUCCUCCGGAUCGUCGAGAAGAACCGAGAGAAUGACCGGCCCCGGCAGUACUACGAAUACGGCGCGUUCCAGUCGACCCGCGCUACCGCCCAGGUCUGGGCGUCCAAUGGCGGUCCGGAAACUACCGCAGUCUUCACUCUCAAGGCCCUCGACCUCAUGACUGGCUGGGGAACCACCAUCGUCACUCGACAAGUCACUCUCGGGGGAAACAAGUCUACCGAGAUCUGGACGGGCGAGCUCCCUCCGCCCCCGGCCGACAAGGUAUUUGACACCUCGGCGCCGACUGGGACGCUCAUACUCCACGCGACGCUCGAGGUCGGGGACCAGAAGGUCAGGUACGAUGACUGGCCGCAGCCGCUCAAGUUUCUGGAUCUCCCUGAUCCGGGCGUCAAGGUGGAGGUGGGCGAGGGGUGCGUGGUGGUCAGCUGCAAGAAGCCGGCCAAGGCGCUCUGGCUGGACGUGAUGGGAGAGAAUGAUCACGUUGUAUGGGGGGACAACUCGAUCGAUCUAUACCCAGGGGAAGAGUACAAGGUGGCGGUCAAGGGGCUCAAGGGGAAGCAGGUCACCUAUGCGUCGCUGGGGUGGGAGGCGCCGCGCGUAGUGGGGAAAUAG